AAUUGUGUGAGAUCUGUACUGAGUUAGUGCACUGUUACCACUUCAGUAAGAUGUGCUUUGGGUGGGCCAAUGUUAUCACAUACUUAGAAGUGUAGCAACCAUUUUUAAGUGCAAGCUACUCCAGUGCAGUUUCAUGCAGGGUAUGACGCAUGGUUUGCAUUGCCUUCCUGUUCUACCUCUGGUUUCGUAGGUUCCUUGUCUUUUGAGUCUCCGGAGGAGUACCAUUCACUCAUGCCCGUAGAAGGCAGACUGCAUUCUGGCCCGCGGUGCACUUACGUCACCAAGGAAAACACGAAAAUGACAGCGCACCUUCACAAACACACAGGCGAGCCCUUCCAGUGCCACUUGUGUCCUGCUGCAUUCUCUCGGAAAGGCAACCUCAAGCGGCACAUACGCACCCACACAGGAGAGCGUCCCUUUUCCUGUGUCCACUGCAGUGCAUCCUUUUCCGAGAAAAGAACCCUCAUAGACCACUUGCGCACCCACACAGGAGAGCGUCCAUUUUCCUGUGUCUACUGCUGUAAAUCUUUUUCGAGGAAAGGCACCCUGAAUGACCAUGUAAAGAAGCGUCAUCAUGCAAAGAAGCAGCCCUAAAGGUUCCUUGGCUUUGAGGUAUCCACAGCAGUGCCGUUAUAGCGUACCAGAUAGACAGUAUUAUUGUCGGCAGUGCGCCUAUGGGACCAAGAAGGGCACAAAAAUGGAAGUACACAUUCGCAAACACACGGGGGACCGCCCCUUUCUCUGCCACUUGUGUCCUGCUGCUUUCGCUCAAUACGGCCACCUCAGGCGGCACUUAGGCACCCACAAAGGAGAGCGUCCCUUUUCCUGUGUCCACUGCAGUGCAACCUUUUUGCAGAAGUGCCACCUGGGAAACCACUUGCGCACCCACACAGGAGAGCGUCCCUUCCCCUGUGCCUACUGCAGUUCAUCCUUUAAGAUGAAGAAUGCCCUCAAGAUGCAUAUGUACACCCACACAGGAGAGCGUCCCUUUUCCUGUAUGCGCUGUGGUGCAUCCUUUACAAAGCAAUGCACGCUCAGGAGCCACAUGACCCAUUGUCCUGCUAAGAAGGAACCAUGGAUGGUAGUUGCACCACAGCCAAGCAAACUGCAAGGCAUCAUUUUGAGGCAGGUUGCAGGUUCCUUGUCAUUGGCGUCUCCAGAGCAGUACCACUCACUCAUGUCCGCACAUAGCGGACGUCAUUCCUGCCGGCAGUGCACCUUUGUGACGUUUGACGAGGCACAGAUGAAAACGCACCUUCGCAAACACGUGGGUGUGCGCCGCUUUCAGUGCCACUUGUGUCCGGCUGUAUUCACACGGAACAACCACCUCGUGCUCCACUUGCACACCCACACAGGAGAGCGUCCCUUUUCCUGUGUCUACUGUAAUAAAUCCUUUUCGCACAAGACCACCCUGACACAGCACUUGCGCACCCACACAGGAGUGCGUCCCUAUUCAUGUGUGCACUGCAAUGAAUCCUUUUCGAAGAAGAGCACCCUCACGAACCACGUGCUCACCCACACAGGAGAGCGUCCCUUUUCCUGUGUCCACUGCAAUGCGUCCUUUACGAAGAAAGGCAACCUCAUGGACCACAUUUCCCGUCGUCAUGCGAAGGAGAAGCCCUAAAGGCCAGUAGUGUAUUGACUUUUCUUGUGGUGUGAAAGGGAGGGUUAAUUGAUUAAAUUAAUUUUUAUGGGCGAAGGUAACUUUUAAUGCCAUAAACAGUUUUGGAUGCCUCAGAAUUGUAGUUUUGUACAGUAUAUUGCUUAGAGAGGAAUCUGUUAGUGCUAAUGGAAAUUUCUAAAGAAGUAUUAUGUUACAUUAUAGCUAUAGCUUCCUUAAUUUAUUUAUUAUAUAUAUAUGUAUCUAUUUAACGUGAAAAAAAGACAGGUAUGCAUUGAGCCUGGGGCUGUUUCGCAGUUUUGGAAGCCCCGCCCGACCGAAACAAACACACAAGGAAAUGCUUGAAUGUUGUUCCAACCUUUCCGAUUGGCCCCGUUCACCAUGAGGCUCCAGCGUGCUUCCCCAUUGGUCCAGUGUUCUUGCCACGAGAGCGACGUCGCCGUGUGCUCCUUGCUCCUCGCAUGUCAAAGCAAGCCGUGGUUUACGGCUAUGAAAAUGGGCGCU